AUGUUGUCACUGUCAGAGUGGCUUAUUGCGGGCGUUGGUUCGCUGUUUGCCGUGCAUCUUUCGCUUUUCUUCUAUCACCUUUUCCUCAACCCACUCCGAAAAUUCCCUGGACCAAAGUUGGACAUUAUCUCUCAGCUGGUCUGGUCCUACCACCUCGUCAAAGGUGAUUCCGCCAAGUACAUCUCCGAACUUCACGAAAAAUAUGGCGAGGUCGUGCGCACCGCAUCGAAUGAACUAUCCUAUACAACCGCUUCUGCUUGGAAGGAGAUAUACGGCAACAAAGUUGGCUGGGACAAUGUCUACGAGAAGAACGAGGUGGUUUACCUGCAGGGGAACCAAGAAAACUCCAACAUCUUCUUUGCGCCCAGUCGGCGACACGCCCGCGUGCGCAAGCUGUUGGCCCCGGCCUUCUCUGAACGUGCAGUGCGUGACCAGGAGUAUCUGGUCCAGGCACAUGUUGAUCAGUUCAUGAGCUCGCUGAGAAAACGGACCGGAAAAGCUUAUUUUCCAAGUGAAAAGGGUGUCGUAGAUAUGGCGGCUUGGUUCAACUUCGAAACGUUUGAUGUACUGAGCUCUCUGGCUUUCGGGGCGCCCAUUGGGUCUCUGGAGUCAGGCGAGUACCAUCCUUGGAUCUCAGUGAUCUACGGCGCGAUCAAGCACUCGACAUUUGUUCAAGCAGCCUGGAGGCUCAAACCAUACCACAAGAUUCUGGAACGGUUUAUCCCACAGGAUAUGGAAAGUCAGUACAUAAUGCACCUGAAGAACUGUGCAAGCACGGUCGGCGUCCGAAUGAAGAACCCUGAUCACGAACGGAAGGAUAUUUUGUCGUAUAUUUUGGAUGAGCUACCUUAUGACGACUUGCUGGACAAUGUCAAUAUCAUUGUCACUGCUGGCGGUGAUGCGACCGCUACGACAAUGACUUCAGUUGUUUACUAUAUCACUCACAACCCCCAUGUUUACGAGGCACUGAUCAAAGAGAUUCGGGAAGCUUUCAGCAAAGAGGAGGACAUCACGUUCGCAGAAGUCGCAAAGUUGAAUUACCUCAAAGCUGUGAUUGACGAGACUAUGCGGAUACAUCCUAGUGUUCCCGUGGGUCUGCCACGUAUCGUCCCGAAGGGAGGAAGAUUCAUUGAUGGCGAGUUUGUGCCAGGAGGGACGUGGGUUUCAGUCACCCAAUUAUCCGCAUACCGAUCGCCAAGAUACUUCCGGGAACCUGAAAAAUUCCAUCCUGAGCGCUGGUUGGGCGAUUCCCGUUUUGACUCAGAUAAUCGGGAUGUCUUUCACCCGUUCUCUAUUGGAGUGAGGAAUUGCAUUGGCAUGAACCUUGCAAACUCAAAUGUUCGCCUUGCGAUUACCCGUCUACUCUGGAACUUUGACUUGGAGUCCCAGCCAGACAAUAUUGAUCCACACGACUUCAAAGAGUUUGGUUUGUGGGAGCAUCACCCUUUGAACAUUAAAUUAACCAGUGUGAACCACGCAGCAUAA